AUGGCCGAUUGAUAAAAUCGUCCGAUAACAAUUCUUAUAUACUGACGUGAAUAUUUCUUUACCUGAGUGAGAUACACGUGAUGCUGUACACAUGAUUAUCACAUUAUGGAUGCCUGACAUUUAAUUAUCGUAAUCUCAUGAAAAAAAUAUCUCGAGAAGAAACAAAUACAUGUAUAUAACGAAGGAUUAAAAACUGUGAUAGAACCAUGGAUUUUUUCAAACAGUUGAUUAACUUUGUGAUUUUGGCCUCUUCACUUGUUACACUAACGUCCGGACAAUGUACUUAUCGUGACCAGUGCUCGUGUACAAUGGCGGAUGGCGGCCUUUUAGACCUGUCCUCACUAGGCAAGCAGGACCAGACCCCGGCGUUCGCAGACAGUUUUGCUUCCGAUGGCUAUUUUUAUUCCUUCAAUCCAUGUUACUCGUUUAUAGAAGGCGCCUGCACGAAUGCUGCACUCUGUCAGAUAAGCGGAGACCAAUCACUACAAUAUCAGAUCGGAGAUUCCACCAGUACCGCAUUUGACUUUGAUGGGACCAACGUUCACGUGAAGUAUACCUCCACAGAUUCCACUGGUCUCACAAGAACUGGAGAUGUGACCUUGCUCUGCGAUCAGUCUGGACAACCCGCGAGUUUUCAACCACAGGGUGAAAUCUCCUCAUUGAAUUAUGGAUUUACACUUACAACAAAAUGUGCAUGCUCCAACGGAUGUGGUGGGGGACCUCCCCCUCCUAACCCAACCACCAAGCCACCUCCAGGACCAGGACCCGGACCCGAUAAUUCGGGAUCCGAUGAUGACGGAGGACUUGGUAUUGGAACUAUAUUGUGCAUAGCAGUUCUUGCCAUAGCGGUGACGUACCUGGUAGCGGGCACGGUAUUUACUAUGGGCGUGCGCAAAAGUCGCGGAAAAGAGGCUAUUCCGAAUGUUACUUUCUGGACGGCACUUCCGGGACUCAUCAAGGACGGCUUCAAGUUUACAUUCCAGAAGGUUCGACCGGGAUAUACGAGUGUCAAAUAGAGCGUUGUGGUCACGUGGUCACAUCCAUUACGAAACAUUCUUAUUUCUGUCUCAUCCAUUCCAACUCAUUGAUAAAAGUAACGAUUGUAUAUUACGAUUCGCAUACAUGCAUUUUGGUAACCAAAACACAUUGGAAGUCUUAUAGUAAAUAAUAAAAUAUGUUUAUUAUAAUCGAA